UUUGACAGAACAACAUAAAAAAUUUGGAAUCUCGAUUUUGUAGAAGUAGAAAGUUUUGAUCUGCGGAAAAUUCAUCCUGGAAAGGUAUCCUUCGGAACCUUAAUCCCACCAUGGAUCUGAGCAAAAUCUGCCGCAUGUGUUCAUCCGAAGUCGGCCCACUCAAGUCGAUAUUCUACGAUUACAACGAACUGCGGCUGGCGGAAAUUAUUACCGAUGUCCUACGACUGGAGAUUAGAUUCGCGGACGGUCUGCCGUCCAAUAUCUGCGAUCCGUGCGUAGGCAUUCUGACCAAAAUGAGGCAUCUGAUCGAGCAGUUCCGUGCAAAUGAGCGAGCGCUGAGGCAGAGGAUCUUCGGAGGUGGAAUCCCUGCGAAUUGUAACUACAACAAGGCGUCGUUCGAUAUUGAUGCAGCAAUCAAAUCGGAGCUGGUAUUCAACGAAGUUGGAACGAUAGAAAGAAUCGCAACAUGCGUAACAUCCCCCCAAGAUGACGGUCCGCUAUCGUUUGCGGCUUUGCUAAAACAAGGAUCAUUUGAACAAAAAGAAUCAAGCUCUGACGAUGACACUGACUGCGAAGGGACCGCAUCUGAAGGAGUUACAUCGGCAACUAUAGGACAAGGCCAGUUGAGUCGCCCGUUCCUGCACGAUCCUAAUCGACCCAAGCUGAACGAUUACAAAUGUUACAUAUGCAAGAGCGAAUCCAUGGGUUCGGCUAAGGCACUGCUGGAUCAUUUAUCAGUUCACUCGGGCUUGGUGCCACAAACCUGCCCCGAAUGUGUGACGGAAAUGAUUGUACUGAGGGAUGUUCGGUCGUUGAACGUUCACAGGAAAAUGCAUGCCCAACCGAUCAAGUGUGACUACUGCGACCGACGGUACGGUGACUUCUAUGCACGCGAUGAGCACGUAAAGGUACACCAUCUGGGCCAGGGUGCUCCGUGUCCUUCCAUUUGCCAGCAGUGCAAUAAAGUGUGCAAUUCAGCAGCGGCGCUGAAAAGUCACAUGCGGAAUCAUAAGCUGGAUGUGAGAUGUGACCAUUGCGGUAAGGUCUUCCAUAAAAUGCAUAAACUGCGCGAGCACGUGACGCGUGUGCACCAACACGCAGAAAUUCAUCUGUGCAACAUUUGCAACAAAGUCCUACACUCGCUGGAUAGUUACAAUGCCCACCUUAAAAUGCACAAUGAGGAGAAAAACUACGGUUGCGAUCUGUGUCCGCUGAAAUUUUACACCGCAGCAAAUCUAAGAACCCACAAAAGAGUCCACCAGAAAAAUGUCAACUACAAGCCGAAAAAGAACUGGACCAGUCACUAUACCGUUUCCUACACCCCAGACGGUGUCAAGCAUUUUACGUGCAAUUUGUGCGGAAAGACCGCCACCGGGAUCAUUAACACGAUCAUCAGCCACGUGAGACUUCAUUUCAAGGAAGUACAGUGUGAUCAGUGCGAUUUGAAGUUUACAUUUAUAAACCAGCUGAAGGCUCACUAUGUGGUGCACACGCGGGAACGAAACUUCAAGUGCAACUACUGCGAGAAGGACUUUAUGUAUGAUUCGCAUAUGCGGCACCACAUCAAACAGGCACACCCAGCGGAAAGGGAGGCCGAAAGGGCCGUGGCUGCUAACCGCAAGAAGGCAAUAGCACAGGCAAACGAUCGAAAUGCUUCUUAGAUGAUAAUAUGGUUUAAGAAAAUCCUAUGGGAUGUCGUCCAUAAAUUACGUAAUGCUUCGAUGGUUGUGGCAGUCCAUGGCUUAUAUAAAACAGAAUUAUGUAGUCGAUUUUGAUAAUCUAUGCCGUAACCUUAAUUUCCUUAAGAACCCGUUUUCCAUCUGCCAACCUGUAAGCCAUCUCUAUCCAGUGCUUCUAUGAAGUGGGCCUGCUCGGCCCAAGAAAGCAUCAGUCUUCAACUGGGAAAAUAAAUUGCGUGCUUUUCAACACUCAUCACCAAAUUGUUGCAGUAUAGGUAUGCAACACCAAGCGAACCGUCAUGCACAACGAAUGUGUGCCCUCCAGGAAGAAUCGCUUCUGUUCAGAACUGAUUGGAAAGGAAUUAAACAUUGCAGGACCAUGUGUUUAUAGACGUUCUCCAAAAUUUUGCGUUACGUGAUUUAUACACGAUUUCUGUGGUCAUCUACCUACUUGAUAUCGGAAAGGUUUGUUUGAACAAUAGAGCUACCUAA